CUUUAUUAUACAAUCAAGAGCGCGCACACUCUACCGUUAUCGUGUCGCUAGAGAGAAAAAUCUAUAAUUCUAUUAUAUUUUCAUAAUGACUACUCUGUGGACGAUUCUAUUUACGGCAUUUGUCUUUAUAGUCGUGAAGAUUGAAGGAGAGUCGAACGAUCGGCCAAUCAUCGGUAUUUUAACACAGGAGAUAGAUUAUAAUUUAAAUAAAAAAUAUCCCAAUCAGUAUCAUAGCUACAUCGCUGCAUCAUAUGUGAAAUUCGUAGAAGGUGCUGGCGCCCGACCUGUUCCGAUCUGGAUUGGCGAGAACGAUUCGUACUAUGAGGAUAUUUUGAGCAAAGUCAACGGAGUUCUCUGGCCAGGAGGUGCGACAUUUUUCUUUCAGAAGGAAGGAUACGCCGAUGCAGGCGCCACAAUUUACAGAAUUGCGAAGGAAAUCAACGACAGAGGCGUGUAUUUCCCAAUAUUUGGCAUCUGCCUUGGCUUCGAACUCUUGACGUAUGUCGCGGCAAAUCGUGUCGAGCAUAGAACGUUGUGCUUCGGCCAGAAUCAAAAUCUUCCGCUAGAAUUUACAGAUGAUUUUACAGAAAGCAAUUUGUUCAAAAACAUCACGCCGGAUGUCUUCAAGAUUUUGAGUGUGGAGAAUGUCACGGCAAAUUAUCAUCAAUUUUGUGUUACGAAGGAGAAUUUACGCAGUGUCAACUUAACCGAUGAAUUUCACGUAUUGUCACUGAAUCACGAUAAAAAAGGCUUGGAAUUCAUCUCCUCGUUGGAGCAUACACAGUAUCCGUUCUACGGAUUACAGUUUCAUCCAGAAAAGAACCUCUACGAGUGGGUGAUCGGCAGGAACAUUCCACAUGGAAUUAAUGCCACUAUAGCAACUCAAUAUUUUGCAAAUUUCUUCAUUAAUGAAGAUUUCUUUUUGGCGCAGCUCGUAAGAAUUCACAGAAAUUUGGGACAAAAGAAGAGGAAAAACAGAGUCUAAUUUACAACUACCCAGUUACUUAUACAGCGUUGCGAAAUUCGAGUUAUCAGCAAUGUUACAUGUUUAAGAAAAACGAUCGCAAUGGCUUCCUCAUAGAAAAUGAUGUAUAAAGUUUAGCGUAAGUUUUAUUCUUAAGGUAGGAAACAACACACAUGUCGCACGUUUUUUUUUCCAUGUACAAAUAUUAUAUAUCCUCUCUUGUACAAAACCAUUCUAGGAAUGGAUUCGAUGGAUUUUUACUUGCGUGAGCGCGUGACAGAUGAAAACACAGGAUUUGUUAAUUUUUUUUACGGAAUAUCGUUAGUACGAUGAGACGGCACUGGGAGACACACAAACAAAAGAUUGGUACGCGUUAAUUUCCACAUUUAACAUAACACCAGUGUAUAUUGUGUCACAACUGGGAUACAUAAUAUUACAAUGGUGCAUAAUAAAAUUCUAUACAUAUUUUCGUUCUAUCUAAAGUAAAUAAUAUUUUUUUGAAUCUUUUUUUUUCCCUCACCACGUUUAUUUCGCUCUGAGCCGAAGCACCGGCUGUUAGUAUAUUUGUACGCAUGAUGUUGCGCUGCAAUUUUAAGUGUGACGUAAAAGUCGCAGAGGACGAUGGAAAACGACGGUGCUCAGGACACCGCCGCCGUUACAACGCCGACACUGUUAUACGCGCGAGUUCGCUUCGACCCAAAACGUCGAACGUUUGGAUUCUGACUGCCUGUCAUUAAUCUUCAUUUUUAUCUUUAAACAAGCACGAAACUAAACCUCUUAAAAGCAUGAAUCAACUCUUAGUUUUUAUCCUCGUAACGUAUGAUAGUAUCAUUAUUAAUAAUCAUAAUAAUUCAUAUAAACAUUAUUUCUAUUUUUAUUCCUUGUUACAUGUUCUUCUUAGCAAUGUUGUCGCACGGGAUGUGUAGGUCAAUUGCAGAGGAA